AUGAACAAAGACAUUGACAGAGUGGUGCAAUCAUGUGUGAGAUGCCAGGAACUUCAACCAGCACAAACGCCAGAACCACUCCUGCCACACGACAUUCCCACAAUGCCCUGGAGCACGGUGGUAACCGACAUGUUUGAAUUCAAAGGCAAACAAUGGUUAAUUGUGGUGGACUACUACAGCAAGUACCCAGUGGUUCGCCAGUUACCAGACCAAGCAACAAGCAGUGCUGUAAUCACUAUGAUGCAACAAGUGUUUGCAGAGCAUGGCAUACCAGCAAAGGUGGUGAGCGACAAUGGACCCCAGUAUGCCAGUUACCAGUUCAAGUCGUUUGCAGAAUCAUGGGGUUUUGAACAUGCCACAUCGUCCCCCAGACGACCACAAGGCAACGGAUUUGUAGAGAGACAAAUCAGAACCAUCAAGGGUAUCAUGAAGAAGACUUCAGACAUUCAGCUAGCACUACUUCUUUGGCGUACAACUCCCAUAUCAGAGAAACUACCAGUCCAGCUGAAGUUCUCAUGA